AUGGAUUUAACGACCUUUUCCUUUACAGCUAUCCUCUUUGCUAUUCUCCUUGGUCGUAUCAUUUAUCAAAGUCUAACUAGUAAUUCCCCCAACAGAACUCGAAGGCUUCCUCCAGGCCCACGUAGAUGGCCCAUUGUCGGAAACCUUCUCCAAUUGGGCCCACUUCCUCACAGGGACCUGGCCCAUUUGUGCGACAAAUACGGGCCGUUGGUUUACCUCCGGCUCGGCAGCGUCGACGCCAUCACCACCGAUGACCCCGACGUCAUACGCGAAAUACUUCUCCGGCAAGACGAGGUUUUCGCCUCCAGGCCUAGGACUCUCGCCGCCGUGCACUUGGCAUACGGUUGCAAUGACGUGGCAUUGGCUCCACUGGGCCCACAAUGGAAGCGAAUGAGGAGGAUUUGCAUGGAGCAUUUGUUGACAACAAAGAGGCUUGAUUCAUUUGCCAUGCAGCGGGCCAAUGAAGCCCAACACCUUGUGAGGGAUGUUUGGGCCCGGGCCCAAAAUGGAAAGGCCAUAGACAUGAGGGAAGUGUUGGGUGGAUUCUCAAUGAACAAUGUUACUAGGAUGUUGCUUGGGAAGCAAUUCUUUGGGACCGGAUCAGCGGGCCCACAAGAAGCUAUGGAGUUCAUGCACAUAACCCACGAGUUGUUUAGGCUAUUGGGGUUAAUAUACUUGGGUGACUAUUUGCCCAUUUGGAGGUGGGUCGACCCUUAUGGAUGUGAGAAGAAAAUGAGGGAAGUGGAAAAGAGAGUGGAUGAUUUCCACAUAAAGAUCAUUGAAGAGCAUAGGAAGAGGAAAGCUAGCGGAGGGAAGAAAAAAGAAAACGGAGGAGAGGAUGAUGAUGGAGAAGAAAUGGACUUUGUAGAUGUUUUGUUGUCGCUGCCUGGCGAAGAUGGAAAAGCACACAUGGAUGAUGUCGAAAUCAAAGCUCUAAUUCAGGACAUGAUAGCUGCUGCAACAGACACAUCAGCCGUGACAAAUGAGUGGGCAAUGGCAGAAGUAAUCAAGCACCCGCGCGUCCUUCACAAGAUUCAGGAAGAGCUUGAUUCCGUCAUUGGACGUGAUAGGAUGGUCUGUGAAUCAGACCUGGCCCACCUUAACUACUUGCGUUGUGUCGUACGCGAAACUUUUCGCAUGCACCCGGCAGGACCCUUCCUCAUCCCACACGAAUCCUUGCGCGACACCACGAUCAACGGCUACCACAUUCCUGCCAAAACGCGCAUUUUCAUCAACACUCAUGGGUUGGGCCGGAACACAAACAUAUGGACCGACAUUGAGGAGUUCAGGCCCGAGAGGCACUGGCAAGCCGAUGGAAGUCGAGUGGAGAUUAGCCACGGAGCCGACUUCAAAAUAUUGCCAUUCAGCGCUGGAAAGAGGAAGUGCCCCGGGGCGCCGCUGGGGGUAACUCUAGUUUUGAUGGCUCUGGCUCGAUUGUUCCAAUCUUUUGAUUGGGCUCCACCGGAGGGAAUGAGGCCCGAAGAUAUUAACACCAAUGAGGUCUAUGGGAUGACCAUGCCAAAGGCCCAACCCUUAAUGGCUGUCGCUAGACCGCGUUUGCCUGAUCAUUUGUAUUGCUAAAAUAAAUCUCUAUGAAAUAAUUAAAU